AUGUCUCUCUCACGUCUUCGUUUGUCGUCCUUAAGUUCAGUGUCUGAUGUGUCGGACACUGCGUCGGUAGUCAGUUCUCGUACCUCUAUAGCGUCCAGCAAGGCGGAAGCAGCGAUCCAUUGUCGGACGGUGUUUUUGACAUAUGCUCAGUGUUCUUUAGAGAACAAGGAUGAGUUCGCAGCGAUGUUUAACGAAAUGUUGGAGAGGAAUAAGCUCUCCAAAGCUACGUAUUACGGGUGUCGUGAACCGCACCGCGUGAAUGGAAUACACUAUCAUGUAUUACUUAAUUUUGGCGAACAGGUGAACUGGAGCUUUUCGACUGCUCGUAAGUGUCUUACUGUGCCGGGAAACAUGUGUGAUUCCCUCAACAUCGUGACGCGACGUCGCGGGCAGAAUUAUCAAGAUUUUGUUGUCAACCAUGUUAAGUAUUGCGAGAAGAUCGAGGGUGGAGAUCUUUUUGGGGAGCGGCCGAAGAUGUCUGCGGAUAUAGCAGCCGAGCGGAAGCGGAAGUGGGAGGAAAUUGGUCGAGAGCGGAAUGCGGCUUCGAAGUUGGCGAAGUGUAAGGAACUUCUUCCGGAUAAGUUCUACUGCUCUUUCAACAAUAUCAAGGGGGCUGUUGAGUUCGAGCAUCAGAAUGAGGAGGUUUAUGAACGGUUUGAGUUGCCAAGCUACAUCAACCCGUCGAAUUUUAGGGUGCCUUUGGAAAUCUGUCAAUGGGAAUUUGACAAUCUUAUCCACCCGAAGCCUGGGCGUCGUCAGUCUUUGAUUAUCGUUGGGAACAGCCGUACGGGCAAGAGCUGUCUUGCGGAGUAUAUCGCCUCGCAGCAUGGUGUCUUCUCGUCGUUCGAUACGGAAUGGGAUCUCGCGGCGUAUCGUGAUGCCGUUUUUGACGGCACAUGGGAGGUAUAA